GUUCAAAAUUUAAUAUUAUACUAUGAUGUGAAAAAAUGUUAGGCAAGGACUAUAAGGUGUUCGCAUCGCGACGAAGUGAGGUUGCUGCUGUACGAUGGCAAGUACAACUGGUAUCCGCGCAGCGAUUGGCUAGCAGACAUCACUUCCGCCAACAUUCAAAAUGACAGCAAGUGCUGCAACAAAUGACAACAGUCUCAACAUUGAAUAACGACAUCAAACACUUAAAAAUGGAUACCACUGCUCCCUUGGAUCUACUUCAGCGAGUUCAGUCACUCCAAGAUAUUUUGGAAGGAAAAGCUUGUGAAUGUGAAAUGGAGGUUAAAGUUGACUCGAACUGUUUGAUGGACAGUUUCCUUACUCUGUAUGAUGAGUGUCAGCAUGACAUUCUAGCACGCAAUAAACAUGUGGCCAGUUUCUUAAAGAAAUAUAGUGAAUCAGUGAAGAACAUGAAGAAGCUGCGUGUCAAACCUAGUGACUUUGAGGUUAAGGCCACAGUUGGCCAUGGCCACUUUGGAGAGGUGCGAGUGGUUCAUGAGAAGACCACAGAUACAGUGUACGCCAUGAAAGUUCUUCGCAAAUCAGACCUGCUAUCACAACCUGAUAUUUCCUUUUUUGAGGAGGAGCGAAAUAUAAUGGCACAGUGCACCAGCCCCUGGCUGACAAAACUGCACUUUGCUUUCCAGGACAGUGUGAACUUGUACCUGGUUAUGGACUUUCAUCCCGGCGGUGAUUUGCUGUCACUCCUUUGCAGGCACGAUGAUGUAGUGGAGGAGAACAUGGCCAGAUUUUAUCUGGCAGAAAUGGCUGUAGCUAUUAAUGCUCUUCAUACAAUGGGAUACUUGCACAGAGACAUCAAACCAGAGAAUAUUCUCUUGGACAAUUCUGGCCACAUAAAACUGGCUGACUUUGGAUCAGCUGCAAAAAUGGAUUCCAACAGGAAGGUAUCAUCUCGUAUGCCAGUUGGGACUCCGGACUAUGUUGCCCCGGAACUGUUGGACUCCAUGAACAGGGCAUCAUCCGUAGAGCUCUAUGGUCCUGAGGUAGACUGGUGGUCAUUGGGUGUAUGUGCCUAUGAAAUGCUGUUUGGUGCCACUCCUUUCACAGAUGAAUCUGGAUCCAUGGUUGCAACUUACGGCAAUAUAAUGAACUUCAAGAAGAAGCUCAAGUUCCCCAGCAACACCUGUAACAUUGUUUCUGGAGAAGCCAGAGACCUCAUCAGUAGACUACUUAGUGACAGCAAAUCUCGGUUGGCCUGGCCGGAGAUACAGAAGCACCCCUUCUUCAAAAAUGUGCAGUGGGACAGCAUCCGAGAUGCUGAACCUCCAUACAUACCUUCACUAAGCAGCCUUGAUGAUACAUCUCACUUUGAUGAAGUGGAGAAACCAAAGUCACCACCAUGCCUGGAAAGCUUUUUACCUACCACUAAGGAUUUCAGUGGACGGGAUCUGCCAUUUGUAGGGUUUUCUUACUGCCGGGGCUUACACAGUGGCAGACAAAGAUUACCCAAGAAAAGUGUCAGUGGGAGUAUAGUCUUCAGUGAGCAUGAGCUAGACAGCAGUGUGGGUCUGAACACUGCUCGCUUCAUCUCACCUGCGGAGAGUUGCACAUCCGUGACCUCGACCUCACCCAAUGGCUCAAGAGCUCUCCAGUCACAGGUAUCAGCCCAGACUUCAGACAUGGAGGUGACUGUCACAGUAAAGAUAACAGAAAUGCGAGAACUGCGCGAGCGGUGCCUGCAGCUUGAAACUGAGCGAAGGUUGCUGGAGGGGAAACUGGAGGCUUUCAUAGCAGAGAAGACAGCACUGGAGAGAGAACUCAAGGAAGUUGCUGCCAAGAAUCAGGCCCUAAUUCAGCAGCUGGAGCAAGAGAAAGAGCAGGCAGCAAAUAAUGACCGCAAUUCAGUAGAAGCUUGGCAUGACCUGCAAACUAUGAACUCUCACAUUUCAUCUUUGGAGGACCAGAUGCUUUCAUUUCAGCUUGAUGAGCUACGUGAAAUAAUUGUGCAACUGGAGACAGAGCAAGAGGGCUUGACUCGUCGCCUGCUCCACAAGGACAGACAGCUAGAGGAACUGCAGGAGUCUUUGAACAUGACUCAGCAACAGCUAGCAUCCAAACAACACAAGCUAGACAGGGAGCGUCGCAAGUCUAGGGACAAUCAGAAGCGGGACAUGGCUUUACUGGAGUCACAAGAGGACUCCUGGUGUAAACAGCUUGAUGAGAGACAGGCAACCAUUGAUGAGCUCCUGCACAAAGUUAGGGAUUUGGAGGACUUGAUUGAGGCCUAUGAAGAACAGGAGGAUCAACAAGCCAGUGAGCUUCAGCAACUUCACUACAAGCUGAACACUUCUCUGAUGCACACCUCCACCAGCUCUGGUGUCAACAGUGCUGACAUUGACUUCACAACUCAAGGCACUUCCUCUGCUCACCUUCAGGUCCAGCCUGCAUGUUGCAACAAUAGCUCCAGCAAACAAGUGUCACUUCAAGUCAUGGUCAGACCUGGGCGUCAAUCAAUUCGUGAUAAUAAAACCAUUGAGAAGUUGAAGGAUUUACAAGGUCUUGUGGAGCGCUACUCUAAGGAAGCACGAAACUGGCAGUACCGUGAGGAGCAAUUACAGAAAAAAGCUAGUAGGCUGGAGGAUGAGCUGAGGAGCCAGUGUCAAAAGGAAGGGGUGACACAACAGAUGAAAGACUCAUUGAUGAUGAAACUGCAUGUCUACCAGCAGGAGGUCCAUAUGCAGCGCAACCUCAUCAAGGAAUUGCAAAAGAAGAUGCGGAGCUACUUGGAUGAGCAGACAACUAUCACACAAACUGAGGCCAAAUUAAAGGAGCUGCAGUGCCAGAACUUGGACCUAGAGGGAGAAUUGUUUGCUGUGCGACAGGAAGCUGAGGACCGGCGCCAGCUGGCCAUGGACAAGACCCGGGAGAUGGAAGAUAUUAUCAGCAAGCUGGAAAAGGCACAGCUUCAAGUGAAGGAGUAUCAGGACAAAUACUCUCAGGAGGUGGAGAACACAGACAUAAGAACAAAAGAGCUGGAGGAACGUGUCAACAGCUUGCUGGACGAGCGAGGAAAGUUGCAGGGAGAGGUGAAGACUCUGCUGGAGCAGGUUGAGAGUCUACAGGGUCUGGUUGAUGAAAACAGCAACAAGGCUGACAGUCUGAUGGCCCGUGUCGCAGAAUUACAGCAGCAGCUACAGGAGCUAACAAAGCGCAAUGCUGACCUCUUGGUGCAGGUUGAGUCGCUGCAGAAAGCAGGCCAGGAAGGAGAGCAGGUGGCUGUUUCACGGGCCGAGCUCAACACCCAGCUAAACCGUCUGCAGCAACACAAUGAUGAAUUGCAACACCAGCUGCAGGUAGCGAGCAGUGAGCGACGCUCCCUGGAAGAACAAACUUACAGCCUGCAACGAGAGACUGAACGGCUCAAUCGCCGUAUUGCUCGUCUUCAAGGGGUAGAAGCUGAGAAGCAUGAGCUGCAAGGCAAACUGGAUGGGCUGAAUGUGUUGGAACGGGAAAAGAAACGUCUGGAAGUGAAAGUGACUCGUCUAGAAGACCUGGAAAGAGAGAAGGCUCAUCUGCAAAUGAAGAUAGAGCAGGUAGAGAUGGAGAAAAACAAGCUUCAGUUGGACCUGAAGGAGACCCAGAGAAGGGCAGAAGAACUCUCAGCCACGUGUGAAAAGCUGAGCAAAGAGAGUCAUGCCCAGUCUCAGGAGAAGGCCAGCACACUGUCCUCUAAAAUUCUGCUUAUCGACCUGCUGAAGAGCGAGAAGGAGGAGCUUCAGCGGCAGGUGAAGGAGCUCAAGCUGCUGCAGGCCACUGCCAAGGAAGAUAAAGAUGAGGCACAGAGAAGGAAAGCUGAAGUGAAUGAACUCAGGGUCAAGAUCACAGCCUUGGAGAAACAAGUGGAGGAGUUGGGGGUCAAGAUCAAAAACAAAGCAGCAGAGGAGAGGGGCCUGGUGAGGGAGAAGAACAAGCUGUCAUCUGAUCUGGAGGAUGCACGCAGUCAGCUGAGGACUAAAACUGAAGCAGUAGAAAGGCUGGAGAAGGAGAAGACUGAUUUUGAGAAGAAACUUGAGACAGCAAAAUCAGACAGACGUUACCAGUUUGAGCGCCCUAGUGUUAUGGAGGGUAAGAGCUGCCUUGUUGAACGUCUUCAGGCAGAGAAGGCCAGUUUGCAAAGGCAGCUGGAGGAAGCAGAGAAGGAACGGGACUGUCUCAAAAGAUCUGCUGUUAGUGGCAGGUUAAGGGAAUCCAGUAGCCGUAAUUCUUUGACUCUUCUGCGUGAGAGCGGAGUCAAGUUACGAGCAGACCUGGAAGACAAAGUCCAGAGGCUUGAACGUGUUGUGUCUGAGCUAGAGGGAAAACUCAAGAUCUCAGAUGCCUCCAAGGUGGACAGAGAGACCCUGCAGAAAGAGAUUGAGCAGCUGAGGGUACAGAUCAAAGAAUCUGUUGAAACAGAGGCACGGGAACUUCUGGUUCACUCUGAACAAGACAGUCUCAAGGAAAAAUGUGAUGAGCUUCAGAAACAGGUUGUGGAACUGCACAACAAGGUGCAGCAGCUUUCAGAUGAGAAGCUGCUUCUGGAGGCCUCCACGGUAAAAAAAAAUGACGCUGAGGAAGUGCAGCAUCGCCUUGAGGAAAAGAUUAAGCGUCUGGAGGAAGACAAGAAAGAGCUGGAGCUAAAAGCCUCCCAGCAGAAGCUGGUGAUGCAGCAGAUGCAGGAAGAAUUGAAGAAAGAGAAGAUGGUAGUUAAAGAAGGAGCAGAAAAGCUCAAGAACUCAAGAUCCCACCUAACACCCCUGGGAUCUAGUAGCCGUCUGGUGGGGGAUUUAACGCAGGAGAAACACCUCCUGGAAUCUAAAGUUAAGAGCCUUGAGCGACAAAUAGAAUCUUUAAAGAAACGGCGUCAGUCAGCAGAGCAUGGCACACAAGCAGUUGCUGACCUCCAGAAAGAUAAAGAGGCACUUGAAGCCCACAUCAGCAGCCUCAAAAUGGAGGUGAGCAAGUUUAAGGAGGCUGUUGGCCAAGCUGAGGCAAGUCUUAGUGAAGCCAAGGCCAAAAACAAGGUGCUAGAGACUCAGGUUGAACACCUCACCAAGGAAAGAAAUGGACUGCAUCAACAAGUUUCAAGUCUGCAAAAUGAGGCAGAGAAUCAUGCAAUGAAUGAAAAGCAGUCGACAGGAGAGGAGGCAAGCCAACUUGAUGAACUGAAGCAGAAGAAUGUCUACCUGCAAACAAAAGUGGAAGAAUUGGAAAAGCAUCUAGAGCGAGCUAACACUCGGCCAGAACUCGGAGGCAAGAUGACGCCUAGUUCUCUGGUACAGGAGCUUCGCAAAGAACUUCAUGAGUCCAAUCUGGCCGUGAGUGAGGCUCGCUCCCUACUGUCGGCAGCCAAACGGCAAGAGGCAGAGCUGCGUGAGAAAGUGGCCAUGCUACAGAGAAUGCUGGACAAUGGGGCUGUCAUGCGAGCCUCACACCUUCAGAUUGCACAGGGAGCAGAACAUGAGCUCAGAGUCUUGAAGUCACAGUAUGAGACACUCCAGCGCCAGUACAAGAAUCUGGAGGAAAAACAAAGUGGAUCACACAGGGACAGGGCGGCAACAGUAAUGGAAGUAACACUCCUUCGUGAACAGCUACAAACCAAACAACACCAGCUGGACAUGGAAACAAAGAAAAAUCAGAAGCUUACAGCCCUGUGUAGUGAACUAGAGGAACAGGUCAAAGACAUGGAAAUCAUUAUCGAAGAAAAUGAGAAACAGGAAUGUGAGUGGAAUCAAGCCAGGCAAACAUUCCAGAAGGCUGUCAGUGAGCGGGAGCAAGAGCUUGAGGAGGUUCAACAGAAACUUCAGGCCACCACCAAUACCAGAACACUGGUGGAUUCACGUGUUAACCAGUUGAGCCAGCAAGUAGAGACACUGACAGCUGCCCACAGGGCAGAGGUUGAGAAAAUGAACCAGCGCUUGCUGGAGGAGCGAAAUAAAGCACAGAAACUAGCUGCUGAGCUGAGGGAAAUGGAAGAAAAGGAGCACAGAUACCGGCAAGUGAUGGAGAUGCAGGGAGAGAACAUAGAGGCAGAGUCUCAAGUCAUUGUUCGCCUCAAGGAAGAAAUCUCACAGAAGAUCACUGAGAAUAAUGAGUUGAAAAGUACCAACAUCAAAUUAUGCAAGCAUCUAGACCAGGCUAUGGACAAGUUUGAGCUCAUAUUUGGAGAAAAAGUCAACCUUGAGAAUUUCACAGAGGCCCUGCAGGGGCUUCACUUUCUGGAGAAAUACAAGUUUGAAAGUACCAUUGGCCAGCAGAUGAAGCUCAUCGACUACCUUCAGGAUCUGUACAUGGAAAACACUGGCAAGAAGAAAAAAGGCCUGAAGAAGUUUGCCAGCUCACGAAACAAGGAUGGCUCUGUGCACACUGGCCUUCCCUUACAGUGGACUGACCUUCAAACGGCGCUGGAGCAAGAACAGAAGAAAACUACCAAGCUACAGGAACAGCUGGACCGACUCCGUGAAGAGAAUUUUCAGCAGGCUAACGAGUUGCUGAAGAUUAAAGGGCCACUGAAAGAGAGAGCUGACAAUGGUACCCUCACUCCUAAAGCCAGAAGUGCUGUGGCAACUUUGGUGCGAUCACCUUCAGCCCAGGCAGCAAUGCCUCAUCCCAGUCACCACGGAUACUACAGGCCUAUCCCCCAGCCAGCUCCGCAGCGCAUGCAUCACAAUAUCCCACACCGCUUUGUGACUGGGCUCAACACACGGGCCACCAAAUGUGGGCUGUGUCUGGGAAGCGUCCACUUUGUCAAGCAGGCUUCCAAAUGCCAGGAGUGUGGCAUGGUAGUCCACCCAAAAUGUGCUACAUCGGUGCCAGCGACUUGUGGUUUACCUACAGAAUAUGUUCGGCUCUUUGCGGACAUGAUGUCACGCAUUGAAGAAUCAGAAGCACACUCUAACAUGGAGCCAGUUAGCAUCAAAAUGGAGGGAUGGCUCAAAGUGCCCAGAACAGGAAAACCAGGGUGGGAAAAACGUUGGGUGGAACUGGAUGGUUCUUGCCUCUUGUUGUACAAAGAGGACUCUGAUGCACAUCCUAUCGACACCUUCGACCUGUCCCCACCUGAUGCAGACGUCAGUGUUCACUCAGCUGUAACAGCAGCAGAACUGACCAACAUAGCAUCACUGGACCUUUAUUAUGUCCUUCGACUAGACCAGGAUCCCCUGACCACCUGCUGGCCUGGCAGGUAUCUGUAUCUUAUGACUACAAACUUCAGCGAAAAGCAGCGAUGGGUGGCAACUCUUGAGGCAGCUGUCCGAAAUGUUCAGCGCAAAGAUUUGCUGCACAGAAAUAGAGCUCAGUUGAUGACAGUAGUUUCACUUAAAGAUCCAGACAGGAAAGAAUUCAACUGUGCUCUUGUCUUGUCACCACAGAUUGUAUUACUUGGCACAGACGAUGGACUGUUUGCACUGGAUCCUCAGACCACAACAGGGCGACAGUACCUUGUACAGCUAACAGGCUUUGGUAGUGUUCAUCAGAUUGCAGAGGCCAAGGGCAUCAAUAUGGUUCUUCUUCUGACAGGUCCUGAACGUCGGCUGGUGAUGGUUGAGAGCAAACUAAUCAAGUGUCGUAUGAGUCAAACAAUUGGUGGAGAGACCACUCCAUUUACCUACAAGUCUAUAGAAGGCAUCCAGAGUUGCACAGUGUUUGAUGUGGCCUUAUGGGGGGACGCUUCCUACUUGUGUGUGGGCAUGCCAGACAAAGUGGUACUGCUGAAGUAUAACCCCAGCCUUGGAAUGUACUGCAUCAGAAAGGAAAUGGCUUCAUCCCAACCCUGUAGCUGUGUGUGCAUUGCCGACAGUUUUGCUCUUGUUGGCACUGAGAGGUUCUAUCGCAUCAGUCUGGAGCACCCAAGUAUGCUAGACUUUGUUGAUCGUCAGGACAGUUCACUUGCAUUUGCAGCCUUCGGAGCAGCCAACCACCACAGCUUCCCUCUGGCUGUGGUACAAGUUUCUCCUGAAGGUCUACCACUCGAGUUUCUUCUCUGCUUCCACGAGUUUGGUGUUUUUGUGGACCACAGAGGGCAGAGAAGUCGACAGUCUGACAUUAAAUGGAGUGGCCUCCCCCUCUCAUUCUCUUACACUGAGCCGUUCCUGUACAUCACUUAUUUCAACUCCCUGCAUGCUACUGUUGUUCCCACAGACAAGGACCAAGUCAAAGGUUCUCAGACAGCAGUGGACAUGCCUGCCCCUCGCUACCUUGGUCGUGCAUUAGAGAAAGGAUCUGUAUACGUAGCUACCAGCAACAGUGGCAUCACUGAAGUGGUCUGUGUCCAAGCCAAAGAUGAGCGCCAGGAGUUACCAGACAGUGAUGAUGAGAAGGAGAAUUGUGGCAGGACAGUACAUUUUGCUCCUUCUCCUGAUAAGUGUGGAUUCCGAGUCAAGGCAAGUGUGUCACUAGUGUCACUGGAGAGCAGCAGCAGUGCCAGUACCUUUACCAGCGUGGAGUCCAAUCUCUGAGAGCCAUUAUGACAAUAGACUUCUUUCUACAGAUUUGGUUGUGCUUUUAACAUAUCCCUCGUUUGGUGUUGAAAUGCAGCAUGCCUGUAAGCAUGUAUGGUGUGUACAUGAAUGGGCUUGCAUUUAUUCUCUUACACACUUGUGACUAGUGGUAAUGAGAAAGUAUUUGUUCUUUGAGGAUCGGGGGUGGGGGGGUGGGAGAUCAAAAUAGAAGAAACUAUAUUUAUGUGAGAAUGGUUAAAGAAAAUGAAAAAAAAAAACCCUCACCAGUUGUUUUUAACUGUAAAAGUCCCAAGUGCAGCCAUUUUUUUCAUGGACUAAUUCUUACAACCACCUAAGAAUUGUUGCUUAACAAAUGUCUACUAUGUGAAUUUCUGGUGAUCUUACAGAAAUUUGUCUAAAAGCCUUUUCAUUAGCUGGUUACAUGAGGAUAUUUUAACAACCAAAAAAUAAAACCAGCUUGUGUCAAA